CGCGCAUGCGCAGGGCGGUGCUGGCGGCGGCGGCGGCAUGAGGCGGGCGGCGCUGGCUCUGUGGGCGCUGGCUGUCGUGUGGCGGCUGGAGCCCUUCGUGGCGGGUGGUUCAUCAGGUGCUAAAUGGAAAACAAUAACUGACCAAAUUAAGAAAGCUGUGGAAGUUUAUAAGCCAUGCGUAAAAGGGAAUUGCAGCUGCCACCAAAGUGUCUGGAAGCAGGACCUGGCUCCUUUUCGAGGUGGCAUUUCCAAAGAAAUAAUAUCCGAUGUGGUGAGCAGGAAGCUCGGGACGCACUACCAAAUCAUUAAGAACAAACUGUACCGUGAGCAGGACUGCUUGUUCCCUGCAAGAUGCAGUGGAGUUGAGCACUUCCUUAUGGAGAUCAUCAGCCGCCUCCCUGACAUGGAAAUGGUGAUCAAUGUGCGAGACUACCCCCAGGUCCCCAGGUGGAUGAAACCCGUUAUCCCAGUCUUCUCCUUCAGUAAGACACCUGAAUACAAUGAUAUUAUGUAUCCUGCCUGGACUUUUUGGGAAGGAGGACCAGCUGUCUGGCCAAUUUACCCAACAGGUUUAGGGCGCUGGGACCUCAUGAGAGAGGACCUCAGAAGAUCUGCAGAAAAAUGGCCAUGGACGAAAAAAAUCUCUAAAGGCUAUUUCCGAGGAUCCAGAACGAGCCCUGAGAGAGAUCCCCUCAUUCUGCUGUCCCGAGAAAACCCAGAACUUGUUGAUGCUGAGUACACUAAAAACCAGGCUUGGAAAUCUGAAAAGGACACCUUAGGAAAGCCUCCUGCAAAGGAAAUUCCACUGGUUGAUCACUGCAAAUACAAGUACCUGUUUAAUUUCCGAGGAGUGGCUGCCAGUUUCCGGUUGAAACACCUUUUCUUAUGUGGUUCACUUGUCUUUCACGUCGGAGAAGAGUGGCUGGAGUUCUUCUACCCCCAGCUGAAGCCUUGGGUCCACUACAUCCCAGUCCCAUCAGACCUCUCCAACGUCAGGGAGCUGUUGCAGUUUGUAAAGGAAAAUGAUGCCAUAGCACAAGAAAUUUCAGAGAGGGGACGCCAGUUCAUCACCGAGCACUUGCAGAUGGAGGAUGUCUCUUGCUACUGGGAGCAUCUGCUGUCUGAAUAUUCCCAAGCCUUGACUUACAAAGUGAAAAGGAGGAAGAGCUACAGCGAGAUCACUUCUGAAUGGCUGAAAACAGAACUGUAGAGACUUCUCUGUUUUUCUCUUCAGCUCAAACUGAUCUCUGUGGAAAUCUGAAGAUCAGUGUAUCUUCUUGUUCUCUCAGACUUCUUAUCCUUUACAUUAGAACUACAGAGGACAGCAGCAGCCAACUUUGAGAUUGCUCCCAGGCAGCAGGACCCGGUUAGACUGUCGUCGUAAGAAUGUUUAGUAGAAUGAGGGAUUAUGGUUAUUGAUCAGGGUGGUUACGGUCAUGCCUGGAAGAGGGUUGUUGACAUCUAUGACAUAGUUACCACCGGUUUCUGACCCUAAAUCCCACUCACUCAGUGUGAAGCCUUUCUAUUAAUUUUACUGGACUUUUUUACCAAGUCCUCUGUACUUGGGGGCAAGGUACACAGACUGUCAGCUACGCUCAGCUGGGAAAUACAGGCCCCCUUUUUCGGCAGUCACUGUUUUCUCACCUGUGUGAUAUUGGGUGUUCUCUGUCAGAAGCAGGUACUGGGAUUUGGAGUAACCUUUCUCGAUGGCUUAGAGCUUAUAUUUAUGUCAGGUUUUAGAGGUGAGGGGAAGGCUUUGGUGUGCCAUUGAAAGGACAAAUGAUCCUUCCACAGUUCAACUACCUACCUCAUUGGGGAGCAGCCUGUGAUGGUGGUGAUGCCGGAGUGCUGAGCCUGAGCAGGAGUCGGGCAGUUGGCAACGGAGAUAAAAGCGGUUCGUGCUCCGAGAGGUGAGCUGGGUGCCCGUACAGCUGUGCAGGGUGAGCCCCUGGUGACGAGCUGCCACCGGUCGGCUGACCAGACAUCCUUGGACCCUUCAGGAACCAGAGAAAGUAUUGGCAGAGGUGGCAGCUUUUCUUUUUUUUCUUUUUUUUUUUUUUCUCCAGAUGUUCACAGAUUCUCUGCUCUGAUCCCCUUCUGUAGUCUUUCUAGGGAUGUUUCUUUAGUUUGUUUUGGGGUUCUGUUUGUUUUGGGGUUUUGUUUUGGUUUUGAGGCUGGUGACAUGUCUGUUCAUUUCAGUAUUCACUUUUCUUUCCCCCAGCUGUUGCACUCCUCAUCUCCUGCAGUCUGGUUGAGGGAAUGUCUUCAGUCACACAGUGGCAGCUCCUCCUCACGUUACUCAUUUGGGGUUCAGUCGCAGGUUGCUUGCGCUUGCUGUGCUUGUGCCCGCUGCGGGCUGCUCAGCCUCGGGGGAGCGCAGCUUCUGAGCUGGCUCUGUGACCCCUGAGCUGAGGGGCCCGGUGGGGACCAGCAUCUUCUCUGGCAUCCAGAAGGGUGCUCAGAGGAGCGUGGGCAGCAGCAUGGCAUCGCAGGAGGGCUGCUGCCUGCCGGCUGAGCCCCCUUGAUGGCAAAGCAGCCUCAAGGCUUAGGAAGAGCAGCACAGUAGUGGAAGGGAGCAACAGCAACAGCUGAUGGUCCGCUCUGCAGUCAGCUGGGGUCAGGGAAGGAGAAAACAUGACAAGGAGCAGUGACACCACGUGCCCUCAUACACGUACCGACCUGCAGGGAGGCCUUGCAGUGCUGGAGCCCCGUGUGGGGCUGUGGCUGCCCGUCAGCCGAGGGGUGCUGGGGCACGUGCCGCUGUGGUGGUUGCAUUACCCCAGCCUGCUGGGGAUGGCGGUCGGGGCGUGAAAAUAGCCCGGCUCUGGGGGAAGGAGCGUGCGAGGGUGGGCAGGGUUUUCUGGUGUUUGUGGGUUUAGUCGGUGGAGGGAGAGCGAGCGCUUUGCGAAACCGGUACAGCCGUGUAUAGUAUUUUUAAACCGUUUUUAAUGAAGUGCUUUUGGAAUAAAACAAACGAAAACGAA